CUGGGAUUGAGCUUCAGGUGGUGGGCUGUCAUCCAUGACGUGUGGCAGUCAAGCAUGCUGACAUACGUCUCGAGAUCCGGGUGUCAGAGGGUGAAAAAGAAAGAAAAGUCAUUUAAUGACUUUGGCGUAGCUGAGUUAAAUUACUAAAAGAAGGAGCCUGGAAAUUGGAAAUCUACUUCCCAGAGACUUGUACCAUUGCCAAUUUAUUAAAACGCAUAGCCUUAUAUUGUGAAGAGCAUUGUCGAAGGUCAAAGCCGAGGCAUGUGGAAGCUUGCAGAAAUGAGCUCCGGAAAGUAGCCGCUAUCUGGUCCUACCGACUUACAGGCUGCUGUCCGCGUCAUCUUGGAAAGACGCAACGUAACGUUGGACUAGUUUAAACUGUAAAAUGUGUUGGGAUAUUUGUGGAAAACGUUACAAACACAAACAACUUUAACCCAGCUCAUUGGUUUUCUCCCUCUUCAGUAAUGCGACUGCAUUACUUCUCUUUUCUGUUCUGAUUGCCGCGCACCAAUUCGCCGAGUCAGAUCCCUGCGGCUAAUAAAAGGAUUCCGGUUCUGACUAAAAUGGGCCGUCUGAGCUCCGGCUGUGGCCAGAGAAAGUCGCGGUGACCUUCAAAAAAAAAGAAAGAAAAAAGAGUCAACCCGCAUUCCCGCUACGGCGCAUCAUUCGCCGAACGCGGACUGACCCUGUUACGUCUCACGAGGACCCCACCGCGUCCGCUGCCUGGGUUUAAGCGAGUCUCGCGCUUGACUCGCGUGCAUAUUGUGCGUCGCCUUCGCGGAGCCCGAAGCGUCCGUUCCAGUCACGCGCGUGCUCUGGUGCGCACCGAGGGAGUGGAGCGCGAGCGAAGGCUGCAUUGCCUACGUGCGUCGACCGCGCGCAAUCCCCGCCCGAGACGGGGACGCACAAUAACGCCGGACGAGCGCAAAGCUGAUCUGUUGGCCUUGAGUGGGUGCGAGGCGAUGCGCUCUCGAGCUCCUCGAACGGUAAACAUGUGCAGGCUGUCGUGAGCGAUCCGUGUCUGCCGACGUGGUUUCUGCGUUACCGUCGUCUGAUGUGCUAAAGGAUGGGAUAUUCCGACCCAACGGCCGGCAGAGAUUUGCUGGGCAACAGAUCUCUUUGUUUUAUUUUCAUAUGCGCGUUUGGACUGGUGACGCUGGUGCAGCAAAUUCUCUAUGGAAAGAACUACAUCAAGAGGGAGUCAGGACUACUGGCCAAGCCCAGGAUCCGCUACAGCGCGUACAAACAUUACUGCCGCUCACCCAUUAUUGGCAGCAAGUCUGUCCGUGUAGCCUGUAAAUCUGGGCAACAGUUUACCCGCCUCAAGGGAGACGAGGUGGGCAACUGGAGUGGCAUCGUUAGUUACCCCGAUGAUGGAGGGAUGAAACCAGCCCGAAAUGGCAGGAAAAGGUAUCUGGAUAGCUCUGAUGGCUCCCUACAGUUCAACUCCACCGCCUGCCGAGAACUGCGGCAAGAGAUUAUGGACGUCAAAGUGCUCUCCAUGGUGAAGACUUCAGAGCUGUUUGAAAGAUGGAGAAAUCUGCAGGCUUGUGCAUGGGAACAGAGCAAGGAGGAGACCAACAACUUCAAGAUGUCUCUGUCAAGGUGUUGCAACGCCCCGUCCUUCCUGUUUACCACACGGAGAAACACACCCUCUGGCACCAAGCUGCGCUACGAGGUCGACACCAGUGGCAUACUGCAUAUCAGUCCUGAAAUAUUCAAGAUGUUUCCCGAUGAUAUGCCCUACUCAAAGUCCCAGUUCAAGAAGUGUGCCGUGAUCGGCAACGGGGGCAUCGUCAAAAACAGCAAAUGUGGCAACGAGAUCAACUCCGCAGACUUUGUCUUUCGAUGCAAUAUUCCUCCCAUCUCUGAUAAGUACUCAGUGGACGUGGGAUCCAGGACUGAUCUCGUGACCAUCAACCCCAGUAUAAUCACAGAGAGGUUCCAGAAGCUGGAGAAGUGGCGUCGUCCAUUCUACGACGUCCUGCAGAACUACGAGAACUCGUCGUUGGUGCUGCCGGCGUUCUACAACACGCGCAACACCGACGUCUCCUUCCGCGUCAAGUACAUGCUGGACGACUUCGGCUCGGCGCGCGGCGUCUUCUUCUUCCACCCGCAGUACCUGCUCAACACGCAGCGCUUCUGGGCCGUGCAGGGUGUGCGUGCCAAGCGCCUCAGCAGCGGCCUCAUGCUGGCCACCGCCGCUCUGGAGCUGUGUGAGGAGGUGCACCUCUACGGCUUCUGGGCCUUUCCCAUGAACCCCAGUGGCAUCUUCGUCACGCACCACUACUACGACAAUGUCAAGCCCCGCCCCGGCUUCCACGCCAUGCCGCACGAGAUCUUCAACUUCCUGCACAUGCACGCGCGCGGCAUCCUGCACGUGCACACGGGCGUGUGCAGGUGAUUGCCCCGCCCCCCUGCCUCCCGGGGCUGAGGCGGCCCCUGACCCACUUUCCGAUUGGUCGAGCUUUGGCGUGGAUGUGUGCAGUUUAAGUUAUUUGUUAUUAUUUUUAUUUUUAGCUUCCGGUUUUAGCUGUUUUUGCGAGUGCAAGCUGAGAGCUGCAGUGUGUGUGUGUGUGUGUGUGUGUGUGUGUGUGUGAAAUAAUAUUGUUGCCUUCAAGGGCCAACUGUUUAUUUAAUUUGAGUUUAUUGAAAGGAUAGCCUCUUGAGAUGUAGCAUUUUCAAGGGGGCCCUACAAACACAAAUGCAAAAUUAUAAAACACAACAUAUAGAAAUCAUUACUUAACAUAAACUGCAAAUACCCAGAUACAAACAGCUCUCUCUCCCUCGACCCCACACCCUCAACCCUCAGCUGUUAUACAAAAGAGAAAAAAAACUCUAAAAUAUCUCAGAUAAUACAUCCAUUGCAUCAACAUAAAAGAGCCGUGCUCUUUUGGGCUACAAAUUAAUUAUGCACAAAUGGAUUGUUUUAAGAUGGGAAAAUUACGAUUUCCUGAAACAACAGAAGGAAGUAAACGAUAUCAGAAAAAGAGGAACAUUAUUCCAAUUGGAAGGAGCUUUGUACCGGAAAACCAUUCUUGGAGUUCUACACGGGUACCUCAAAUCAAAUCUCCAUAGAUAAUUAUAUGUGGUAGUAAGAGGCCUAAGAACAGCAUCCGCGUAAUCGAUAACGUAAAAGCAAUGGAGAAACUCCAACUUUUGUUGAAAAUUAAAACAGUUGAGCGACGAAGCGAACCCAGACAAACGUGCGUUUGGUGUCACAUCGGCCAGGGGCUCACAGUAAAGUUCAAAACAUCAUCAAAAAUAAUGAGCCAGCCAAAGGGACCGAGCACCUUGCUACAGCGUUUCCCUGAAGUCAUCCCGAGUCUGUGGUUCAUGAAACCACCUUUGGACCAAGUUGACAUCAGACUUUACAGAAUUCUGGAUUUGUAUUAUAUCAGAGUUAGAAGUGUAAAUAACAGCGUCAUCUGCAUAAAGAUGAACCAGACAAUUUAAGCAUAUUUCAUGCUGUUUUUGAUAUUGUGAAGUCAUCGGUAGUGUUGCUAUAUGGUGCUUGUUCUGUGUGAAGAAGUUUUGUUUUUUUAAAGCCAUGGCAUCCUUUUUGUGUAAUGGUGGCUUUAUAGUUCAAUCGAAAAAGUGUGACGGGAAUUCACGUUGAGCUUAGCUAACUACAUAAGUAUCCUUUAAAACGCUGUAGAAAUACUGAUAAUUAAAAAAUAAUGUACCGCUAUAAUUUACCCCCCCUCCCCCAGUAAUCUAGGAGAAUCCUACGUCAGGAUUGUUAACAUGAGAUGAAAUAUGGUUCUUUCAGCAUGUUUGCUGUGAAUAAACGUCCACAGAUUCAAUUAAGUAGACAAAAUCAUCAUAGGCACUGCUGUGCCAUUUUUUCACUACUGUUGACAAACGUUUUAACAGAUUUCCAAGGGAACACUGUGAGAAUUUCAUUGUUCUCACUUUAUAGUUUCUAUCUUAAAUCAUUUUAAAAUAUUUAUAAUAGUUUUAUACACAUUGUUACACACGGUUUAUGAAGCCUUUAUGAAGUGUGUUCCUGGCCCUUCCACGAUCUAGCCUGGACUGCUUAUCCCCGUGGUCCACGACUGGACGUGAUCUGUCUUUCUCAUAUAUGAGAGGCCGGUUUGAAUCUUUCAGAAAGUAUCCGACAAUAUUUCUGGCACAGUAAAGUUUUGUCUACACAGAUGAAACAUAUCUGGUCUGGUUUCUUUUGAAGUUGCUUGUAAAUGAUAACACUGGGGACCUCUAACUCCAAAUGUUCAGAGGAAGAGGGGUUUUUUUUCCCAGUUUUUUUAUGAUAAGAGAAUGGCUUUGAGAAAUGGAUUCAGAACCAGGAAACAGCUAUAUCAACAUAGCUCACUUAUACUGUGCAUAGGUCUCCGGCUACCUUUCUGUACAUCUAUUUCACAGUGGUAAAAGAAGUGUCGAGUUCGUUCAUUAAAUGACGUAAAACUGUUGCCAACAAUUUUGGUUUCUGACACUCUGCACUGAGUAUUGCUAUUUCUCAGUCUCUCAGCCUUAUUUGUGCAAUUGAACACUGUGCUACUUGACAAACAUCCACUCGAUGACUUAAGGGUGGUUAGUUGAAAGUUGUACAUGUUUCCUUUUCAAAGGGACUUUUAAUUUGGCAUGCAAAUGUACAACCUGUAGGUGACUUUUACAAAUAGAUUUGUUGUGCUGGAUCACUGACAAGCUGCAGACGUCGUUUUAAUUGUUUUGGAAAAGUGAAGGCUAUACACCGAGCCUUUCAGCUGCAGUCUGGGACUCUGUAGGACUCUGAGUUUAACGCUGGGAGUUUUUCCGACUGUCCAUAACCUUAGUAUUUUUUUUUCUGUAUCAACCUUUCUGCCUUCAUGUGUGUCACGCCGCAUUGCCUUAUGGGUAAAGUUGCAUGUACCACCUUCUUUUUGACUUGUCUUGUGCAUGUUUUAAGUAUUUCACACAUCAGUUUACUUUAGAUGAAGGAAUGAAGUUCACCCAACACAUGUUCUGUAUUAAAUAUUCCCUGACUGUAUGUUCUGUAAAUUGUCUAGCGGUUACGGACAUGCAAGUUGAACACAUUUUUGUGCAACAACAUCACAUCGUGUUUCCUGUCACUCCUCUGGAACAGAAACCAUUAUGGGUACUACGAUCCAAAAAUGACAUUCUGUUUCAGUACACUCAUACAGGGCUGGUAUGUUUUCACUAAAAUGGUGAAUAAUUUAUCAUUAUUAACUUAAUGGUAUUGUGGUUAACCAGUGUUAAUCAGGCGAAUCAUAGAUAGUUACUUUUGUAUUCAUAGUUUCUUUUUCUUCCUAAAGUCCCUAAUAAUACACACACACACACACACACACACACACACACACACACACACCCCACUCUCUUUUGUUUGUAGUGACCAUUCUUAGGCUCCUGCAUAUUUAUCCAUCCCUCCUGAAAGCAUUACUGUUAUUUCUGUUCCCGUAAAACCUGGGACCUUUUUACCCAUUCACGUAAAACCUGGGACCUUUUUACCUGUUCACGUAAAACCUGGGACCUUUUUACCUGUUCACGUAAAACCUGGGACCUUUUUACCUGUUCAUGUAAAUCCUAGGACCUUUUUACCUGUUCACGUAAAACCUGGGACCUUUUUACCUGUUCACGUAAAAGCUAGGGCCUUUUUACCUGUUCACGUAAAACCUGGGACCUUUUUACCUGUUCACGUAAAAGCUAGGGCCUUUUUACCUGUUCACGUAAAACCUGGGACCUUUUUACCUGUUCCCGUAAAACCUGGGACCUUUUUACCUGUUCCCGUAAAACCUGGGACCUUUUUACCUGUUCCCGUAAAACCUGGGACCUUUCCUCUUAAUGGACAUCUGAAUUGAGCGUUUCCUCUGUAAGAAGGUGCACAUGCACAUAUUCACUACUUCACCACAGAAUAAGAAUUUCAUGUAUAAUCAUUAAAAUAAAAGAUCUGAAUGCGGACACUGUUUCACUGUUGCUGCGAAGAAUGCCGAGAAACGUGGCUUUGCUGUGUUAUAUGUGUUGCUGAGUGUCUUUUUAUCAAAUCUGUAAAUAAAUUCAAUCUUACUUA